UUUAAACAAAUGUUUGAUAAAAUAAAUUAGUUUAAUCCUUUAAUAAACAAAAUUAAUUAAAAUGUUACAUUUAUUAGUUUAUAUUACAAAGUAUAUUUUACAGGCUAUAACUCCAUUUUGCCUGUUGUUUAAAGUUGUAGUGCACCCUCACACCCUCACUUACUUUCAUGAAGAUGUUCACUGCCUUAAUAUCAAUUCCACAUUUAAUUUCCUUGGCUUGACAUUAACUAAUUAAUUUCUUCAAAUAAUUACCAAACUUUAUAAUUUAUCUAAUGUUUUAUACUAUAUUUUAUUCAAACCAUAUUAUUACUCUGCUAUGUUUCUAUAUAAUAAUUUGUCAAUGUAAAUUGAUUAAUAUUUCAUUCACUCAAUGGUUUAUUUAAAAAUUAAUUAUUGAGCUUAAUUAAAUAUUUAAUACAUCUUUGUUUUUAAUUCACCUACCUGACCUAUAUAUUUAACAAUUAUUUCAAUAAGUUAUUCACUCAAUCAUAUAUUUUAUCAAUACCAUUAUUAACAACUAUUUAUUAAUUAUUUUAGAAUGCCUGGACGAAGAAGUCUUCGCAAUCUUUUCCACAAAAAAUCACACAAAAAGAAACAGACAAUUCAACUUGUUCCUGCACCUGUAAGUCAACAGGAAAUCAAAGAGGAACUAUCAUUUUGGAGACGGAUCCUUGGAUGUUGCUUUCCAUUUGCUUCAAAGAGGCAAGCAGCACCACCACAAACUCAUCCAGCUUCUCCUUCAACUUCAAAUUCAAUACCAUCACCACAAGAAGAGACUACACAAGAAGAGACUACACAAGAAGAGACUACACAAGAAGACUCUGUACCAGUCACAGAACCUACCAAAAGAGGAAAUAAAAGAAAACGCGAAUCAAAGUCCAAAAAAGUUGAACCACCUCCUACUCUACUCGUUGGUCCUCCAGCUGGUCCUCCAGCAUUAGCACUAAGGCGGCUGAGAAAGGAGGAAGAAAAACUUGGCCUAAAUUUGCCACAUGUAACAGAGCUAGAGACGGAAGAGGAAGAAGAGGUUGCGGAACUGAGUGUUGAUACACCAACAACUGAAGAUCUUGUUAUCACUGGUGAAACAAUUCCAGCCCCUGAUGACUUUCCUGAAGUCUAUUCCACAACAAACUCAUUCGAUGAGGAAGACGAAGACGCAAAUCUUCAAGCUGACAUCGAUGAAAUCCUUAAAAUCGUUCCACCCGCUCUUGGAUCAAGACUGGCACCUUGCCGACGAUUCAGCACAAAGCGAGUUUUCAAGUCACCAUCAACCGAAGAGAGUGAAGCUGAGGAGGAUCUAUUUGGUGAACGCUCUCCAAGUAUCGACAGCCUAUUGUCAGCUUGCAACAGCAUCAUGGCUGUGACACCGACUGAAACCAAAACAGAGCAGGAUAAACCAACACCACCAAAAAAACAGUCCUUCUCCUCACUGUCAUCUUCAGAUUCUGAUGACUUCAACACUGAUCCCAAUAAAUUCCUAAAACAUACCAUCAAACGUCCUUUUUCUCCUGAGCUGACUCGUUCUGAGAUUCAACGGCUUCGACUUCAGAAAAUGACUCCAUGGGAACGCCUAAAUGAAGUGCUUCCACCCUUCACCAAGACCGUAACUGGGGAAGUCACUCCAUUUAUAGGAACGUGUUACACUGACACACCUCAAUACUAUGUCAAAACCUUCAAUAGCACAGUAUUUGCUGGACAUCUAAGUGGUGAACUGUCAAACCAAUCCCUCAUCUUCAAGGGAGGUCGUUCCAACCAGAGUGGAAGGAAGCUAAUGAUCCAGGCACGCGUUAUGGAGCUUUUCAAAGAUAAUGACAAAUUCCCCUGCAUCUACGGCCUAUUAAAGGGCAUGUGCGUCAGCACUCACCGACUCGGAGAUUUUGCCCUUGUUAUGGAAUUCGUUGGCAAACAAGAAAAUUUCAAAUCCUACACACUUGAAGAUGUCUGCAUCACCCGAAAGUUUGUAAUGGGCUUCUCUCGAAUCAGUGCCAUCAGGAUGGGAGUUGAUACCACCAUUGCUGUUAACACCAUGCAUAGGGCUGGUCUCCUCCACUGUAACCUGACUCCAAAAUCUGUUCUUAUCGAUACAAGAGACACUCGCUACAAGACGAAGAUCUUCAAGUUUGGAAAUGUCUGCUUGAUUGAUGCACCAAUUGGUCUUAACCUCAAGAACGACCAGGCAAAGACAGACCCAUUCAAUAUCCUCAACGAUGAUCGUGACGACUAUGCACCUGAGCUCUACCAUCAAGCUUUACCAUCCAUCAAAAGUGACGUCUAUGGUCUUGGAAAAAUCCUUCAUGUACUUGGUUCAUUCAGCUAUGUAGCUGCUCUCAAGAAAAUUGGAGAGAAGUGCAUGAGCAGGAAUCCAGAGGACAGACCAGACUUGCAGGAGAUCCUGGCAGAGAUGGAGACCAUCCUGACCGGGAAACCUGCUCCAAAAGGCGGUCGGGGCCAUGCAAGUGGCCCCGGCCCAAAGAGCUAAAUCUUCAGAUUUAUACUUGCCACUUUUGCUCUCACCAUUAAAGCUACUAAUAGUGUCACUUACUUUUAUCUAACAAUUUAUAAAACUGUACUUCACUUGAAACCAAAUGGAAAAAAAGAUCGCCACAACUUCGCCGUGAUUAGGGUACAGUAAAGAACUUUCUUCAUGCUACCACCAACGGACCGGAUAAAACAUAAUCGGAAAUAACAAUAACUGUACUAUAAACUAACUCAAAUAUCAAGACUACUGGACCUUCCAAAACAGACUUAAUGAUUCACUUUUAAUAAUAAAAAAAAAAUAAUCUUUUAAGCGUAAUUAUAUCAGAUGUUAUAACUCAAACCACAGCUCAAUAAUAUCUGAUUUUUCAUCAACCUGAUUCUGUAAAUUAUUGGAUUUGAUAACUUUCUUCAUGCUGUCAACAAUUAAACAGAUACCAAUCUACUUGGAGUUACCAAUUACAGACUGAACUAAAAUGGCUCAAACUUCAAGACUACUGGACCUUCCACAGUGGAUUUUAUUAUUCAGGAUUCUGGUUUGAAAUUAAAAAAAAAAAAAAAAAAUCCCAAUUCUCUCAACUCACACCAGCUACACUAUCAGGAUUCUUGUACCCUAUGGCGAUCUUUAAAAAACUUUGGAUUUUUCAAUACUCAGCUAUGACAAUAUCGGACUUUUCCUCAACCCAACUACGACAAUUAUCGGAUUUGACAACUACCUAUCAGCGACUACUACCGGAUUUGACUACUUAUCUGUGACUCGAAACGGUUUCUACAAGUGAAGUGCAAAGUACAGUUUAAAAAAAAAAAAAAAUUGACCUUACCAAAUAUGAACUUACCUAACUAUGACAACAUUGGAUUUGACACUUUAUACUCUAUCGUGACUACUCUGCAUAUGACAAUACCUAACUGAGACUACCCCGGAUGUGACAAUUUCUAACGUGACAUUAUGUAGCUUUUUAUGGUGAUGAGCAAUUGUGGCAACCAUCAAAUCCAUCCAUUCCAUGGCUGGUGGCAUCAAACCUAAUUUUCAAAUCCAUCCAUUUAUGGCUGGUAGCAUCAAACCAAAUUUCAACUCAACCAGUAAAGAUUAUAUCAGAAGUUAUAACUCAACCUGAAGCUCAAUAUUAUCUGAUUUUUCAUCAACCUGACUCUGCAAAUUAUCGGAUUUGAUGACUUUCUUCAACUUGUCAACAAUUGAACAGAUACCAAUCUACUUGGAACUAACAAUUACAGACUGAACUAAAAUGACUCAAAUUUCAAGACUACAGGACCUUCAACAGGAUUCAGGUUACCCAUUCAAAAAAAAAAUACAAAAAAAAAAAAAAAAAAAAGAAACUUUACUCUCUCAACUGUCGGCAGCACUAUCAGGAUGUGUUGCGACCAUCAAAUCCAUCCAUUCUAUGGCUGGUAGCAUUAAACAUAAAUUUCAAAUCCAUUCAUUCCAUGGCUGGUGGCAUCAAACCAAACUUCAGAUCCAUCCAUUCUAUGACUGGUGGCAUCAAACCUAAUUUCAACUCAACUAGCAAACAGUUUACCAAGAAAUGUUGGUGAGAAUCAUUAACCAGAUGUACAAAACAGACUUCAUCAACCAGGAAUAAUGAUUCACUUUUAAUAGAAAAUAAACUUUUCAGUGCAAUUGUAUCAGAUGUUAUAACUCAACCCACAGCUCAAUAAUAUCUGAUUUUUGAUCGACCUGACUCUGAAAAUUAUCGGAUUUGAUAACUUUCUUCACAUUUUAAACAAUUUAAGAUACACAUCUAACUGAACUAAAAAUAAUGGCUCAAAUGUGGAGACUACAGGAAGUUCAACAGCAGCUUUAAAAAAAAAAAUCAAAAAAAAAAAAAAUCUUUAACUCUCUCAACUGUCAGCGGGACUAUGAGGACUUCUGGCAACCAUCAAAUCCAUCCAUUCUAUGGCUGGUGGCAUCAAAACUAAAUUUCAAAUCCAUCCAUUCUAUGGCUGGUGGCAUCAAAACUAAAUUUCAACUCAACCAGCAAACAGUUUACCAAGAAAUAAUCAACCAGAUGUAUAAAACAGACUUCAUCAACCAGGAAUCAUGAUUUACUCUUAAUAGAAAAAAAAACUUUUCAGUGCAAUUGUAUCAGAUGUUAUAACUCAACCCACUGCUCAAUAAUAUCUGAUUUUUGAUCGACCUGACUCUGCAAAUUAUCGGAUUUGAUAACUUUCUUCACGUAAUAUUUAACAGAUACCCAUCAACUUGGAAAUAACAAUUACAAACUGAACUAAAAAUGAUGGCUGAAAUUUCAAGACUACAGGACCUUCAACUGCAGAUUCUAUUAGUCAGGAUUCAAGUUUCAAAUUAAAAAAAAAAAAAAAAAAAAAAAAAAACUCUCUCAACUGCCAGCAGGACUAUCAGGACUUUUAGCAACCAUCAAAUCCAUCCAUUGUAUAGCUGGUAGCAUCAAACCUAAAUUUCAAAUCCAUCCAUUCUAUGGCUGGUAGCAUCAAACCAAAUUUCAAAUCCAUCCAUUCUAUGGCUGGUAGCAUCAAACCAAAUUUCAAAUCCAUCCAUUCUAUGGCUGGUAGCAUCAAACCUAAUUUACACUCAACCAGCAAAGAGUUUACCAAGGUAAGCUUGGAGUCUUUAACAGCAAAGAUUUUACUACAAUUUCCAAAUACCCUUAAGAGAUUAAAAAAUUGUUCUAAUCUGUUUAUAUCAAAAUAACAAACUUUCAGUGCAUUAAAUGAUAACCAACCAAUCAAAAAAUCUUUUACCUUAUCAAAAUUAUAACAAUCAUUCGUAAAAAAUAUACAACUUUAUAUUUAAUUACUUGAAACGUUUUCUGAAAUUCUAGAAAUGUUGGUGAGAAUCGUUUACCAUGUAUAUCAAAAUCUGGUCAUAUAAAGCAGCAGUUAAACAACACACAGGUUAGUUAUAUUCAUUUUUUCAAAUGUUUUAUGAAUGAAAAUAAAAUGAAUGAAAAUAAACGUUUUAAUUUUACUCUAGUUGAGCAUUUUUUUUUACUAUAAAUUAAUUGCAAAGACAAUGUUUUUGUCCAUUGAAAUAAAUAAUUGUUUUAAAUACAUGAAUUAUCAUUAUUAUGAUACCCAUCUUAAUAGGUUCACAUGUUUAGGAAAAUGAUGUUUAUCAAUUUCAGGCUACACCGUUUCAUAAGCUACCACUAUGCAGGUGAAAGAAUUGCUGAAUUUGUGGCAAUGGAAUCAACCAUCAAAUCCAUCCAUUCUAAUGCCUGGUGGCAUCAAACCUAAAUUUUAAAUCCAUCCAUUUUAUGGCUGGUGGCAUCAAACCUAAAUUUUAAAUCCAUCCAUCCUAUGGCUGGUAGCAUCAAACCAAAUUUCAAAUCCAUCCAUUCUAUGGCUGGUGACAUCAAACCAAAUUUCAAAUCCAUUAAUUCUAAGGAUGGUGACAUCAAACCAAAUUUCAAAUCCAUUCAUUCUAUGGCUGGUGGAAUCGAACCAAAUUUCAACUCAACCAGCAUACAUUACGCCAAGGUAAGCAGAGAUUUUUUUUCAAAUAUACUUAAGGUUUAAAUGUUUUCUAAAAAUUGUUUAAAUACUAAAAAAUAUUACAUAAUUUCAAUAUUUAAUGAUAAUUACACAAUCACCACUAUAUUGAAAUUAUUCAGUAAUUAUGUAUGACAAUUAGUAGAAGAAAAUAUAAUCAAUAAUAUUGUUUUCUAAACAUUUAGUAAUGCUUGGUGAAAAUUAUCACCCAGGUUGAUAAAAAAGCCCUGCAUACAAACCAGCAGAAACAACACACAGGUUAGUUUCAUCUUUUCAAAAAUGUUCUUGUAGUCAAUAAAUGUUUUUAUGUUUCUCUAUUUAGGGUAUUAAUAUAAUUAGAGUAGUUUAAAAAAAUAUCUUUAGUUUUCUAUAAUUCAUUCACACCAAAGAUAACGAUAUGAAUAGUUGUUCACCCUGCUGACUACAACUUCAAAAGGAUAGAAAUAAAGAAGAUGGAUCAUUAAUAUGUAAAAAAAAUUGACAUUAAAAUGUAAUUUUCAUAUAUUAUGUUCAGAAGA